GUUCAUGUGUCGUCGCAUGGAGCAAAAGAUGGCUCAGAAGAAGCCUUCGACUACAGAGGAAAUCCACCGGAUAAGUCCAAAACCGGUGGAUGGUUAGGCGCCGGUUUAAUCUUAGGGAGUGAGCUAUCAGAGAGAAUAUGCGUGAUGGGCAUAUCAAUGAAUCUAGUGACGUACCUUGUCGGAGAUCUACACAUCUCAUCGGCGAAAUCAGCGACCAUAGUCACCAAUUUCAUGGGAACACUCAACCUCUUAGGGCUUCUCGGUGGCUUCUUGGCUGACGCCAAACUCGGUCGCUACAAGAUGGUCGCAAUCUCAGCCUCUGUCACAGCUCUGGGAGUGUUGCUAUUGACGGUGGCUACAACCAUUCCGAGCAUGAGGCCACCACCGUGUGACGAUUUCAGAAGACUUCACCAUCAGUGCGUAGAAGCAAACGGACACCAGUUAGCUCUUCUCUACGUAGCUCUCUACACCAUAGCUCUCGGCGGAGGAGGAAUCAAAUCAAACGUCUCCGGCUUCGGUUCCGAUCAAUUCGACACGAGCGAUCCGAAAGAAGAGAAACAGAUGAUUUUCUUCUUCAACAGAUUCUAUUUCUCGAUCAGCCUCGGAUCUCUCUUCGCCGUGAUUGCUCUGGUUUACGUCCAGGACAACGUCGGUAGAGGCUGGGGAUACGGGAUCUCGGCCGCGACUAUGGUGGUCGCGGCCGUGGUUUUGCUCUGCGGAACCAAACUGUACCGUUUCAAGAAACCUAAAGGAAGCCCUUUUACUGUUAUAUGGAGGGUUGGUUUCUUGGCGUGGAAGAAAAGAAAGCAGAGUUACCCUCCGCAUCCGAGUCUUUUAAACGGUUUUGACAACACAACGGUUCCUCACACAGAGAGGCUAAAGUGUUUAGACAAAGCCGCGCUUGUCGUAGACGAAAGCUCUCCUAGCUCGAAAGACUUUAGAGAGAAAGAUCCGUGGACCGUAUCGACGGUUACACAAGUCGAAGAAGUGAAGCUCGUUGUGAAACUGAUACCGAUUUGGGCAACGAACAUUCUCUUCUGGACGAUUUACUCUCAAAUGACGACUUUCACGGUGGAACAAGCCACGUUUAUGGAACGAAAGCUCGGGUCUUUCACCGUUCCUUCAGGGUCUUACUCUGCUUUCCUCAUCCUCACAAUCCUCCUCUUCACUUCCUUAAACGAGAGAGUCUUUGUGCCUUUAUCAAGAAAGUUCACAAACAAACCUCAAGGGAUCACCAGUCUCCAGAGGAUCGGAGUAGGGCUUGUGUUAUCAAUGGCUGCGAUGGCGGUAGCUGCGAUUAUAGAGAACGCUAGACGCGAGGCAGCGGUUACUAGAGAUAUGAAGAUAAGCGCGUUUUGGUUGAUUCCACAGUAUUUCUUGGUUGGUGCGGGUGAAGCGUUUGCUUACGUUGGACAGCUUGAGUUCUUCAUAAGGGAAGCACCAGAGAGGAUGAAAUCGAUGAGUACAGGGUUGUUCCUAAGCACGAUCUCGAUGGGAUUCUUCGUGAGUAGCUUGCUUGUUUCGCUUGUGGAUAACGUAACGCACAAGAUGUGGCUUAGAAGCAACCUUAACAAGGCGAGAUUGAACUACUUCUACUGGUUACUUGUUGUCUUGGGAGCGUUGAAUUUCUUGAUCUUUCUUGUGUUUGCGAUGAAGCAUCAGUAUAAAGGUGAUGUGAUUAGUGUUGGAGUUGAUGAUGAUGACUCAGUGGGGAAGGAGAAGGAGAAGGAAACAGAGACAGAGAAAGAGAAAUCUGAGGUUGAGCUUAAGGACAUUCCUUAA